AUGGAAGCUGGUUUCUCUAGAAUGAAUGAUCUUACUGUUCUUCAAGCGUCGCAGGGAUUGGCCAUGUAUAUUGAAGAAAAUGUUACGGACGCUAAGACGAGAGGUGUAGUUAUUGGUCAUGAUCAUCGUUAUCAUUCUGAUAGUUUUGCUCGAUUGACUGCAGCUGCUUUUAUUCAACGUGGAUUCAAAGUAUGGUAUUAUCGUGAUUUAGUGCAUACUCCUCUGGUGCCUUAUACCAUCAAAAAAUUGAAAGCUGCCGGUGGUGUGAUGAUUACUGCUUCUCACAAUCCCAAAGAUGACAAUGGAUACAAAGUGUAUUGGGAAAAUGCUUGUCAAAUUAUACCACCUCAUGAUGAAGGUAUUGCUUCUUCUAUAUUACAACAUUUGAAUCCUUGGGGAUGGGGUUAUGACUUGGUGGAUACAAGUGAAUUAUGUGUGGACCCUAGCAAUCAAGGUGUUAUUGAUGCUUACUUUGAUGAAGUAGCUGCUCUUUCAACUUUCACUCAAGAUAAUGUUAAAUCUGAUAUCAAGUUUGUCUAUACGGCCAUGCAUGGUGUUGGUACUCCUUUUGCUGAAAGGGCUUUUAAUGUUUUUAAAUUAUCUCCAUUUAUUCCUGUGAAAGAACAAGUCAAACCUGAUCCUGAUUUCCCUACUGUUGCUUUUCCCAAUCCUGAAGAAGGCAAAGGUUCCUUGAGUUUGGCUAUGAAGACAGCGGAUGAACACAAGGCUACUCUUAUUUUGGCAAAUGAUCCUGAUGCUGAUCGAUUGGCUAUUGCAGAAAAACAAAAGGAUGGUGAAUGGAAAAUCUUUACAGGUAACCAAAUUGGAUCUGUUCUUGGUGCUGCAAGUUAUGAAAAGGCUAUAAAAUCUGGCAAGAAAUCAGCUGAAUUGGCUAUGGUGGCUAGUACUGUAUCCUCAAAAUUUUUGGAGCGUAUGGGACAAGUAGAAGGGUUCCGAUUUGAAGAAUCACUCACUGGCUUUAAAUGGAUUGGAAAUGCUGCAAUGCAACUAGAAAAAGAAGGGUAUCAAGUCAUCUUUUCUUUUGAAGAAGCUAUUGGAUUUACUAUUGGGGACAUUGUUAAGGACAAAGAUGGCAUCAGCGCUUUGGCUUUCUUUUCCGAAUGGGCUAUUCAAUUAUACAACAAUCAUGGAACAACAGUUUAUGGUUAUUUGGAACAACUUUAUCAAAAGUAUGGUUAUUUUGUAUCCGACAAUUCCUACUUUAUCUGUCACGACAAAGCAUUGAUUCAAACCAUUUUCCAACGUAUUCGAUUUGGUAACCAACCUAUUCGUUCUGACACUUCGUCGUUUGGUUAUGAAUUGGCCUAUCCCAAGACUGUCGCUGGUUACAAAGUGGUAUCUAUUCGUGAUCUCACUAUUGGUUAUGAUUCAAGUAAACCUGACAAUAAACCUACUUUACCUGUAUCCUCUUCCUCUGAAAUGAUCACAUUUAGAUUGGAAAAUAGUACUGUCUUUACUAUUAGAACAAGUGGCACGGAACCCAAAAUCAAGUAUUAUUCUGAACUUCGAGGAGAAAGUGAAGAACAAGCGAAACAAGAUCUUACAAAGGUUGUUACUUCUAUUGGUCAAGACUUACUUGAAUACGAAAGAAAUGGAUUAGAAAAGAAAAAAGAAGAAUAG